ACUUAGGCUCCGGAACCCUAGCGCCAGGCCCCGUGCACCCUCCACCCGGAAGGCUAUGGCGUUGGCUGCUGCGGCCGCAGUGCUGGCUGCACUGGGCGGAGCGUUGUGGCUGGCAGCUAGCCGUUUCGUGGGGCUCAGGGCCCAGCGUCUUCAUGGAAGCAGGGACCCCAGCUACAUGCACGGGAAGACAGUGCUCAUCACUGGGGCGAACAGCGGCCUGGGCCGCGCCACGGCGGCCGAGCUGCUGCGCUUGGGGGCUCGGGUGAUCAUGGGCUGUCGGGACCGCGCGCGCGCCGAGGAGGCGGCGAGGCAGCUCCGCCGCGAGCUCCUAGGGACCGGGGCGGCCGAGCCCGACGCUCGCGGGGUCGGGGAGCUGGUCGUCAGAGAGCUGGACCUCGCCUCGCUGCGCUCCGUGCGCGCCUUCUGCCACGAGCUGCUCCAGGAGGAGCCCAGGUUGGAUGUCUUGAUCAAUAACGCAGGGAUCUUUCAAUGCCCAUAUAUGAAAACGGAAGAUGGCUUUGAGAUGCAGUUUGGAGUGAACCAUCUAGGACACUUCCUACUCACCAACCUUUUGCUUGGACUCCUCAAAAGUUCAGCUCCAAGCAGGAUUGUAGUUGUUUCUUCGAAGCUUUAUAAAUAUGGAGACAUCAACUUUGAUGACUUAAACAGUGAGCAAAGCUAUAAUAAAAGCUUCUGUUACAGUCGUAGCAAACUGGCUAACAUUCUGUUCACCAGAGAAUUAGCCCACCGCUUAGAAGGAACAAAUGUGACUGUCAACGUAUUACAUCCUGGUAUCGUGCGGACAAAUCUUGGGAGGUAUAUACACAUUCCACUGCUGGCCAAACCACUUUUCAAUUUAGUGUCAUGGGCUUUUUUCAAAACUCCACUAGAAGGUGCCCAGACGUCCAUCUAUUUGGCCUCUUCACCUGAGGUGGAAGGUGUAUCUGGAAAGUACUUUGGGGAUUGUAAAGAGGAAGAAUUAUUGCCUAAAGCUAUGGAUGAAUCUGUAGCAAGAAAACUCUGGGAUAUCAGUGAAGUGAUGGUUGGCAUAUUAAAAUAGGAACAAGGAAUAAGAACUGUGUAUAAAACUAUCAGUUACAUCUGUGGUCAGGAAUGGAAUGCUUGCUACUUAAAAACACAAGUUCGGUUUUACAGUAAUCCUACUAAGAGGUACAUGUGGUAUUUGAAAUUAUUGAAGUUACUUUUGGCUAAUACAAAUUUUCAACAGAUAUGUUUUAAAUAUAAGUAGAAUGAGUAAUACAAUUAUAUUUGAAAAAUUAUAAUUGGGCAAGCAUAGAUUACAAGUACUAAAGUGACUUUAGUCACUUAAAAUGUACUUUUUUCAUAGCUAAAAGGUUAAGAAUUUUACUACAAUGUUUGGUUUUCCAUGGAACUAAUAUUCCUAGUGUGUACACAUGAGUGAUUAAUUGUAAUAAAUCUUGGAAUAAAGCUCCAUUGUACAUUGCUUUGGAAACAUC